CCUCGUUCGGCGUGUCUGUCCUCUUUCGUGGCCGUUUAACGGACUUGAUAAGCUAAUGGUGCUGAUCCACGGAACAACAGCAUUGCCGGAAUCCCUUUCGACCGGCUGUGCCAUACGCGAUUUCGCAAUUGUUGUCGCAGUCGCAGCUGCAGCGGUGUUUCCACCUUGGUUCCUUAAUUCCAUUCCGUUUCACGCGUGCCGGGUACAAGAGAAAAAUCGAGCGUUAUCAAUUAUCAUGAGAAACGGGUAGGCACCGAGUUUUCCACUCAUUAGUGAACCUUCGGACGACGCGCGAGAGCUACUUUGGUGCAACGAUCGUUCAUCAAGGGAUUUAUACAAAGACAAAGAUCUCGAUACGAGCGGAUGCUAAUAGAGGCGGAUUGAAUAAUUCCAAGACAAUGUGACGAGAACAUAACUGAAAAAGACAGGGUCUGCGAUUCAGCGAGCCUACAAGUAGGAGCUACGCGCGCUUCGGCCGCCUGCUGCGAUCUAAAUCCGCGGAUCGAGCCCCGUUCCGCGGCGGCCCGCCCCUCCCCACUUCUUCGAUUCGCCAGGACGUCAGCUGGAACUUGCGUGUUCCAGGACCGUAGAGCGAGCCGAUAGCGGGAUCUGAUCCUCCGGCCGGGGUCGGAUGUGGUGGACGUGUUCAGCCGGGGGAAGGACAGCGGUUCCACCGACGGCGGAGGUAGCUGAGCGUUGUCGUUCGGACGAGCUGGCACCUGGACGGCCGUAUUGGAUGAGCAGGGGUGAUUGUCGGUGAUGGACAAUGAGCAACCGCAUCAGGAACUGGUCAAGUGCGUGGUCGUCGGCGACACGGCAGUCGGAAAGACCAGACUGAUCUGCGCCAGGGCCUGCAACAAGCACGUGUCCCUAUCGCAAUUGUUGACCACCCACGUACCGACCGUCUGGGCCAUCGACCAGUACAGGAUCUACAAGGACGUUUUAGAACGUUCCUGGGAGGUGGUGGACAACGUGAACGUAUCCCUGAGACUCUGGGACACGUUCGGCGACCACGAGAAGGACCGUCGAUUCGCGUACGGCAGGUCGGACGUAGUGCUGCUAUGCUUCUCCAUCACCAACCCGGUGUCCUUGCGGAACUGCAAGGCCAUGUGGUACCCGGAGAUAAGGAGGUUCUGCCCGCAGACACCGGUGCUGCUGGUGGGCUGCAAGAACGACCUGCGGUACAUGUACCGAGAUGAGACUUAUCUGAGCUACUUCCGCGACCGCAGCCCUUUCGUCAGGGCGACGAGGAAGAGCGACCUGGUGAUGCCUGACCAGGCUCGAGCCGUCGCCAGGGAGCUGGGAGUCUGCUACUACGAAACCAGCGUCUUCACGUACUACGGGGUGAACGAGGUGUUCGAGAACUCGAUACGCGCCGCGCUGAUCGCGCGCCGGCAGCAGCGCUUCUGGAUGACGAACCUGAAAAGGGUGCAGAGGCCUUUGCUUCAGGCCCCGUUCUGUCCGCCGAAGCCAGUGCCGCCAGAGGUGUGCCUGGCGGCGAGCACCUACGAAGAGAACAUGAAAACGCUGUGGGCGAAGCCAGUUCACACGGACGUGACCCUGAUCGCAGGGAACUGCACGUUCUCGGCGCAUCGGUGCCUCCUGGCAGCGGCUUCGCCGGCGUUUCACCGGCUGUUCACGAUGGAACUCGUUCAGGAACAGACGCCUAGGAGCUCCAGCGAGUCCAGCAUGGUGAGCACAUUCGGCGAGGCGACUGUCGGGGACUUCAACGAUGACACCGAGUGUCUGAUCCGUAUCGACCAGUCCAAACCCUCAAAGAUCUGGGAGCAGCUGAAGCGGCGCUCGAGCUUCCAAGUGUUGCCCACGAUGGACAGCCAGAGGAAGUCCACGGGAGCGACGAGGGAGCUGAACCAUCCCGCGUUCCAGAACAUUCGUGUCUGCCUGACGGAGAGCACGAACGGUGUCCAGCAGCCGACGACCGUGGUGACGCUGUCGAAGCUGAUCACGCCGCAGGCGAUGCAGCAAUGCUUGCAGUUCAUAUACACGGGCAGCUUGGAUAAACGGUAUCACGAUCUGCAAACAGCUCCUAUCGGGCUUCUACUGGAGAUCAGGCAGGCGGCCGAGUUUCUGGAGCUGCCGCAGCUGCUGAUGGUGUUGGGCACCUUGCAGUCCAGGGAGUUCAACAACGAGCUGAACAACAGGUACAAGCAAGUGGUGAGGCAACGACUGGAAGACAUCUGCCUGGAUCAAGGACUGUUCGCCGACGUGAUGUUCGACUUGGACGACGGUAGUGUGCCAGCACACAAAGCGAUUCUCACUGCCCGCUGCGACGUGAUGAAGGCCAUGUUCUCCGGCGAUUUCCGUGAAAGCAGCGCGAAAGUAAUAGUGUUCCCGGGAGUGCGCGAGUACACGUUCCACAAGUUGCUCUGUUACCUCUACACGGACGAGGUGCCAGCGAUUUCUUCUGGCAGAUGCCUGAACCUCCUGGAACUGGCGAAUCGCCUGUGCCUGCAGCGACUGGUGAACCUAGUCGAGAGCAGAGUGAUCGAGGACUUGGAGAGGCUGUCGCAGAACGAGGGGAACGAGGCUGUGGAAAACUGCCUGAGGCUGUUGGAACCUUGCAAGCUGCACAACGCCGAUCAGUUGGCAGAUUGGUGCAUGAACCACUUGUGCGUCAACUACAAUAAGCUCUGCAAGAUGUCCCCUAGGAGCGUCCGUCUUCUUCAUCCGGAGAACCAGGAAUACCUGAACGAGCAUCGGUGGCCUCCAGUAUGGUACUUGAAGGACUACGAUUACUAUCAGAAGUGUUUGGCGGAACGGGACCGCGAAAACAAGCCUACCCUGAAGAGGAACCGCAACCAGUCCGGCUGCCUGUGCUUCUCCGGGUCCAGCAAGACGAGGAGGGAGAGCUCCGGGAACGGCGGGACAGCGUCGUCCGCGUCGAACGACCCGCAAGCGGAACGCCCUCUGUUCGACUCGUCGAUAGAAUCCGGCGAGCAGGUUGUAUGACAACAGCCAAGCGGCUUAAGCCGCUCCGUCAGAUUCAUUCUGAUCCUACCCGUGCUCAUGGUCUUCAUAUGCACCAUUUUUACUAUUUUGAUACUGCUACAGAUUUAUACUUAAGGAACGAUUCCGAAACACCGACAAGACGAGUCCUAUGCGCGUACGAUAAUAACGGAACCCUCUGAUAAUCAGGAGCGUCGCCUGGCCUCCUUAUCGAUAUUUGUCUCGCACGUGACCCGGUGUCUCUGCACAGCUGGCGCACGACUCUUCACCGCGGAGAACUCGGGUGUAGGUUUUCUACGAUUAUAAACGAAUUAAAAAAUGUUGAAUACAAAAAAAGAAAAACAAAACGCGACGCGAAAUUGCCCCGCGGAACUGGUGUAUUUUUUGUACGUGAACAUCUUCUUGCGCUGUCGUUGGAAUGAUCAGCUCAAGCGCGUCUUUUCCGAAGGGGACUCUUCUCUCACGGGCGUCCGUCGUUUCUCGGAACGAAACAAGCUGGUGCCUUUUUCUCGACGACGCGUACUUGCCGCUGAUAACGACCCACGCAGCGCGACGCUGUCACCCGAACAGAAAAAGAAAGAUCAUGAGAUUUCAGUUGUUUCGGUCGGUUGUGUGAUUGUCCCGGAUAGAGUGGUCGAGUCCCGGCGUACCUUGCAUCCGUCGACUCCAAAUCACGAGGGAACUUUUCUACGUUGAGGCUUCUCUGACACGGUAACGCUGGUACCUUCUCGUACACCUGUCCUAUCAGAGGAGAUUUUCAGUAUUUUAAAAUCUAUUUCCAGUCCAUUUUAAUUCUAAUAGUUAAAAAAUUGCGCCUAUACCUCGACAUGCACGGACGUACGUCGGGUUGCCUACCGGAUGGGCAUCCAUUGGCACAGCGACGACUUCAGACUUCCUGAAAGGACAAGUGAAAUUAGUGUCCAGCGUUAGCGAGAUUUAGAACGAAUGUUACCAAAAAAAAAGAGAACGAGGAACAGCGAAACUGAAGUUCGGAUUAGGGACGUCCGAUUGGAGCAGGCGGCAACCAUCAAACGGUGUCGACGAUCGUCGUACUUUUAUCGAUGCGUAUUAGACUGAAGAAACAGAGCAAUAGUUUUAGUCCGUAGUAGACGUUGCGUUGCGAGCGAUCAGCGAACGGUUCCGUGUCGUUUGCUUCAACCGUUCGGUCCUCCACCCCACCGAGGCGAGGUUACAAUUCCUUCGAGUGCAAGGAGAGACUUCUCGUGUUUCUACCAUUUUCUAACGACCCACGAUCACACGUAAUCACUGGCGUCGGCGAUUACCUUUAAGCGGAGGGGACGCGUGCAGUUGAAUCAGGCGCGAACGAGGUAUAGGACCAUCAACGAACUCGCAUCGGGUCUUCCUUGUUUUAUACGGAUUUGAUAUCUCAGUUUUUCUAUCGGACAAUUAAUCCCUUCCAACCCGUUCGACUUGGAUGACUUCUCGUUUCCUCGCUGGUCCGGUUGCAUUCGCCCGCUUCAUUUGCCUCGGAGCUCAUGGACCACGGUUUCAGAACCACCGCUCUGAAGUACCCUGAUCUUGAAUUUUACUAGAACACGUUAUUUAGACGUUAAGCCCCAGUCCUGUACCUCGUUUGUCAAUCGAAACAGGGGUCUGGGAUUGUCUAAUUACCGCAACAUAUCGAUCACGAUGAAGGGUUACUGCUAGAAUUAAUAAACGGGAUUCUGGUAAUAAUAAUUACUUCUCUAGGUUAUGAGAGAGAGAGAGAGAGAGUGAGUGUAGAACGAGUGCAAUAAUGUUUAUAGAAUAUAGCGCGGAGCUUCAGGUGUAUCCUUGUGUAAAAGUGAAUCCACUCGUACUAGUAGUCCUGGAGAAUUGUAUUUUGUAAGUGCACAAAUCGUGGUAACCCGCGCCUCAGAAGAAACGUAACCUCGCGUUACGAAGGGCCAGUCGCGGUGAAGUUCUCGGAGGGACAGGAAACGAUCUGUAAUGUUAGCGAUCGGUAUUCAAAUGGAAAAGCUGUUUAAUAAUUUGAUACUCGUUAGUUCGUUGUUUCGCCGUCGCGAAGACCGGUCAGUACACACGUUCAUUGUCCGAGUAAGAGGAAGAUAAAUAAUGAUGUGCAGGAAAAGAGAAGGAAUUAUAAAUGGUUUCGAAUUGAACACGCGGAGUUUGGAGAAACACGUGUAACCGUUGUGCUGCCAUAACUAAUUUUCCAUUGUGUGUAACCACGUGUAUACGAGACACGAGCGCGCGUCGGUAGUGAUGGGUAACGACCGCCCGCGAGUUCCCGAACAACUCCGAAAUUCGAGACGCCGUUCUCUCAUUAAUUUUCAUUCACUUGGAUCAACGUUCGAGCCCAUCGCGACAUUUACGAGAGAAACAAAACGCAUACACCGUCGUAAGAUGCGUUACUGCCUGAAUAUCGCUGACGGAAACGACGUAUGCAAAGUGUCCGUUCCGGCGAGGGUAAGAAUCGUUAACGUCCCACUUGUACGCUACGUCAAUUUCGAUGUCAAUGUUGUCCUACGUCGCUCGUGAAUGUAUAUUUUGUACUGACAUUGGUAACCGUAGAAUUAAGGGUACGAAGACAGACGUCUAGAGCGAUAGAAAGUCGAAGAUGUUUCAAAUUUCGCGCGUAUUUUAGCACGUUGCGAGCUCUCGAAUUACAUUUGUCCGUGUGUAAAGAGGCAUUUGCGGGCGACAGAGUUCCCCUUUUCAAAGGUAAACGCGCCUGCCACUGCACAUUUCGCGAAACAAGGAUCUUGCCGCCUGUUCUAAAGUACUUAGGUGCGUUUCCAAUUUUUUCCGAUUUUCCAACAUUCUUUCCGCUGUUUUCUUUCUUGUUCUUUUGAAAUAUUCCCGCGCUCGCAAGGCCUCCAAUCCUAACUCGACGCGAUCGCGACAUCUGUUCUCGAAUCGUGCAAACUGAUUGAUCCGUAGAAAGUACUUGCGAUGUGUUGCCAGUUCGGUCGGUAAUAAGUAAACUUGGUCUUGUUAAGAAUUUAAGCAUAGCUUAAGUCGUUUAAGACGUUAUGAAAAUUGUCGAAGCGUUUCGUAUUACCGUGAACGACGAGUAAAUUGUUCAACUAUAACAAAUGGAAGUAUUCGUCGUGACGGUGACAUUUCAUUGUUUGGAUACGCCAAUUCAAACGGCGAUGCGAUUUACGCACUGAUUACAACGCGGUUUAACGUUUAUAUUUCGCGAGUUCAAUUGUUCCGUUGCUUCGAUCACACUGUUGACUAAUUACGAUGCAAGUUGGUUUUCAUCUAAUGGGAUUUCAAAUUUGAACAUCACGCUGGAACAAUUGGUACUAUGAACUUUACGACUUCAAAUUUUACCCACGCAAUUUUAAGGAUUAUAUUCAAUUGUAAACUUCAGGAUCAUUGUGAAAGAAAUCAAUCGUUCGGAAGUCUCGACUGACAAUCCAAAACGAUUUUUCGGGUGUCUUGACGGCUGUUAAUCAAGACAAGACGACGAUGUGUAUUUCAAAUUUCAUUUUACUCGCCUAAAAUAAAAGCAAAGCUGUAUAUACGUAUGUAUGCAUGCCGCUUCGAGAAAUAUGAUUUUUAUCUUAAGCUAAAUUUUAAUAUUCUAUUUUCAAAUGCACAGGCGAUAAAUAAAACUAAUUUUUAAUUAAACUUCAACAGUAUGGCAAUAAAUUCUGUCUCCUUUCGCUGAGAUCUUGAUGUUUAUAGGAUGAAGAAAAAAAAAGUCACCAUUAUUUUUUCUUUUGUAUAUUUUUAUUUUCUUACAUACAUUAAGCAUUUGCAAAUGAAUUGUAUAAAAAGUGUGUUGCUUUGGGUAACUUGUGAACUAAUUCUUGGUAAUACUUGUUGUCUCAGAAAAUGGGAAAAUAGUUGUUUCCUGGUAAAUUCAUUCAUUCUAUUUACAAUGGUAUCAAAGGCACAAUAGAUGUUGAAUAGAAUAUUACAAUGGUGUUGAUAAUGUCACCAUUGCAGUUUUAAUUUCUUCGUAUAAGUCUUUGUAGUCAUCAUGCUCUUUAAUUAGUACCAUGAGGCUUCCCCUUUUCACACCCAUUGCAUUGCCAAUAUCUUGCCUAGAUGGAGUGUAACAGUAAGGAAUGUUUUUGUCCUCGCAAACAACUGGUAAGUGGCACAUGAUUUCCAAAGGAAAAACAUCUCCCGCAAAGACCACCAACCUAACAAAUAAGAUACUUCUUGAUAUACAUAUUUCCAUAAUAGAUAUAACUAAGAAAAUUAUAUAUUACCCCUGUUCCCC